AUAUCGGUGGUGUUUGCGAAUGUUGAAAGUAGAAGAAGUGUAGCAAAAUGACUGUCGUUAGAAUUGUAUAAGUCACAAUUGAAAUGUUUUUAAUCAUUAUUUGUUUAUGUCGAUAACUGAGACUUUGUGCUAUGGGACGAAGAUGCUCCGAUGGUGUCGACUUUUCUCGAAAAUUCAACAAGGACUUUGAAUUAUCCGUGUGAAACUCGGUGACGUAUUGAGGGGAAACUUGUUUUUAGUUAAGUCGUGGGAUGGGUCGUCGCUCGAAUAAUUAGUACUUAUGUGUAUAAUUGUACACAUAUGUAUAUAAUAGUAUACAUAUCCUCGGUGUGUAUGUGCAUGAGAGGAUCGCUUAAUGCGAACAUUUGCAAACAAACCCCGAGCAGACCUCUUGUUAGUCUGAGAAAUGUGAAAGGAAACUGAUUUGUUCUUAAACUAAUGUCUUACCUAUCAUUAAUUGGAAAGCUGUGUUUAAUUAGGGGUGGGUUUUGUUAUACUGUUAUGUCUGCAGGUGGCAAAAAAUGUGUUACAAAGGCAUCCAUCAUGCUUUUAUGAACUGACAGUAGCAACGGGAGACAAACCGACGUCAUUUGCGGUGUCAGAAUAGGAAGGCGGAAUCAGUUUUUUUUGUUUUUUUUAGAAGUGUAAAAGAGCCCAUCCAUCCAUUUCCUACCGCUUAUUCCCUUUCGGGGUGGCGGGGGGCACUGGCGCCUAUCUCAGCUACAAUCGGGCGGAAGGCAGGGUACACCCUGGACAAGUCGCCACCUCAUUGCAGGGCCAACACAGAUAGACAGACAACAUUCACACUCAGAUUCACACACUAGGGACCAUUUAGUGUUGCCAAUCAACCUAUCCCCAGGUGCAUGUCUUUGGAGGUGGGAGGAAGCCGGAGUACCCGGAGGGAACCCACGCAUUUACGGGGAGAACAUGCAAACUCCACACAGAAAGAUCCCGAGCCUGGAUUUGAACCCAGGACUGCAGGAACUUCGUAUUGUGAGGCAGACGCACUAACCCCUCUUCCACUGUGAAGCCCGUGUAAAAGAGCAAGUUCAGUAAUUACAAUCAGUAACAUCACUGCCCGUGGAUAAUCAGUCAUUCGUGACAUAUGCCUUUUUAAAAAUGCCACCACCACCUAAGAGGACAAAUGUGACGAGGACCAUAGAGCUGAAAAAGGAGCUUAUAGCCAAGUUUGAAAGUGGCGCACGAGUCUCUGACCUGGCUGCUCAGUACAAAAUGGCUAAGUCAACAAUAUCGACUAUAUUAAAAAGGAAAGAAGCCAUUAAAGCUGCUGAUGUGGCAAAAGGAGUGAAAAUACUUACCAGUAAGAGACAUGUAAAAAUGGAAGAAGUAGAAAAGAUAUUGCUGGAAUGGGUGACUGAAAGACAGUUGAAGGGUGAAAAGGUGUCGGAGCCCAUUAUAUGUGAGAAGGCAAGGCAGCUCUAUGGUGACCUCAUCAGAGACAGCCCUGGAGACAGUGCCGAUGACUUCAAGGCCAGCAGAGGCUGGUUUGAAAAGUUUAAAAAGAGAAGUGGAAUUCGCUAUGUGGUUAGGAAGAGGGAAACUGUCCGUGCUGAUAAACAGGGAGCAAAAAAGUUUGUGGAGGAAUUUCAAAGAUUUGCAGAGAGCGAAGGCUUUCUUCCCCAGCAAGUGUUUAAUUGUGACGAGACAGGCCUUUUUUGGAAGAAGAUGCCCAAGAAGACGUACAUCACAAGGGAAGAGAAGAGCCUACCAGGACACAAGCCUAUGAAGGAUAGGCUAACUCUCCUGCUCUGUGCUAAUGCUAGCGGGGACUGCAAAGUGAAACCUCUGCUUGUAUACCAUUCAGAGACCCCGAGAGCGUUUAAAAAAAACAAUGUGCAAAAAGACAAGCUGACUGUUAUGUGGAGGUCCAAUCCCAAAGCCCUGGUGACCAGGCAGUUCUUCACAGAGUGGUUCCAGGAAGUGUUUGCUCCCAGCGUUGAGGAAUAUUUGACAGAGAAGAACCUCCCACUGAAGGUCCUUCUGGUCCUGGAUGCGGCUCUGACACAGCCUACGGGAUUGGGAGGAGAUUGGAGCAGCGAGCAUGACUCCAUCACGGUGAAAUUUUUACCCCCCAACACCACUCCUCUCCUCCAGCCCAUGGACCAGCAGGUCAUCUCCAACUUCAAGAAACUCUACACAAAGGCACUCUUCCAAAGGUGCUUUGAGGUGACCAUGGAGACAAACCUCACCCUGCGGGAAUUCUGGAAGGACCACCUAAAUAUCCUCCACUGCUUGAGUAUCAUAGAGACAGCCUGGGAACAGGUUAGCAAGAGGAUGCUGCAAUGUGCCUGGAGGAAACUGUGGCCAGUAUCUGUGGUGCCCAGGUUCUUUGAAGGCUUUGAACUCGAUCCUGUUUUGGAAAAUAAUGUGGUGGACGAGAUCGUGUCCCUGGGAAAGUUCAUGGGCCUGGAGGUGGACAGUGACGAUGUUGAGGAACUGGUGGAAGAGCACACUCUGGUGCUGAGCACUGAUGAAGUGCAGGCUGUUCAUGGGGAGCAGCAGCAAGAAGUUCCUGAGGAAUUAUCUUCUGAGGAAGAGGACACCAGCUGCAUUGACAACAUUCCUACUGCAGAAAUCAAGGAACUGUUAGGCUACUGGGCCAAGACGCAGAGUCUUGUUGCAAAGUGGCACCCCAGUAUUGGUGUGGUGAAGAGGAACAUCAACCUGUUUGAUGGAAAUGUGGUGGAACACUUUAGAAAGAUUCUAAAGAGCCGUAAAAGACAAGCUGCAUUGGACAAUAUAUUGUCCAAAGAAGAAGCAAGUUGCGGAAGCAGCAGUGCUACUGAGCUCCAAGCCUCAUUUAGUGGUGUUAAAAGAGGAAGAAAGGACUGUGAAUUGGAGCGGGAUUUGGAUGAAGACUUUAUGGAAUGAGACUCAGUGACAUUCCGUGACAUCCCUUCUCUCCAUGUCCCCUUACACCUCAUUGCUUCACUUCUUUUGCACUUUCGUGACCACCAAGAAUGUUCAAAUAUUACCUCGUAAGUACUUUUAAUGUUUACUGUGCCAAAAGUUUGUUCUCCAGAAUCUGUUUGUUUGCUGUCUGUUGAAAAGGAUUGUAAUUCUAAACAAUUGCAUGUUUUGAACAGUGUUUGGUCCACUGUUUAGAAUUGUUUCUAUCAAGUACCAGGACCCUCAAAGUGUCUCCAUAGUCAAUAGAAAACCAGAUGCUGCUCAAUGAUGUCAUGGACAUGUUAUUUCACAGCCAGGCCAGCAGAGGGUCGUCACAGUCUCAGGACCAAGUAACUAACACAUAGACUCAGAAGCAGAGUUAGAACUUCUACAGAGAUGUAGUGGGACACCUAGUUCAAGAUAAUAUGUGGACACCAGGCAGGGACAGGAACCAUGUCUGGGUUAUGGCUGGAGCACAGGUACCAGACCUGACUUGGUACAACAGGAGAAAUAAAGACGUAGUCUGGAGCAGAGAUGGAAGAAAAAUGUCCAGUCCUGAUUUAUACAUGAAGACAUUCCAGAUAGUUGUGGUGACAAGUCCUGCAAGCUUCAUGCAUCCUCCACACUCAUGAAAAAGGUCUUAAAGAGCAAUGCAGAACAGGACACCAUGGACAUCACUUACAGCAUUAGCAUCCCCAGAUGGACAAGAAUGUUUAAAUAACUCCCUGUACACCUAAGAAAUUACAUAAAAUAGCCACCGUUUGACCCUGGAACAGAUUUUGUCCAGUUGUGUUUUUUUUAAUUAUCUACAGCAGUGGUUCUCAACCUUUUUUCAGUGAUGUACCCCCUGUGAACAUUUUUUUAAUUCAAGUACCCCCUACUCGGAGCAAAGCAUUUUGGGUUGAAACUGAAAGAGAUAUAGAAGUAAAAUACAGCAUUAUGUCAUCAGUUUCUGAUUUAUUAAAUUGUAUAACAGUGCAAAAUA